UUGGGGAAAACAAGCAGAUGGAAUCAGCCAAAUAAGUGAAGAAGUGAUUUUCCUACUCCUUUCUCACAAACACACACACACGCAUAGAGAAUAAGAGAGAAGGAGAGAGAUGGGAAGAUCACCUGGCUGUUCAAAGGAAGGUUUCAACAGAGGAGCUUGGACUGCUCUUGAAGACAAAAUGCUCAUGGAUUACGUCGCCAUGCGUGGUGAAGGAAAAUGGAGCAGUGUUGCUAGAAACACAGGUCUAAAGAGAUGUGGAAAGAGCUGCAGGCUUCGAUGGUUGAAUUACCUUAGACCUGGCAUAAAGAGAGGGAACUUCUCAGAUGAUGAAGAAGAACUCAUUAUCAGGCUUCACAAACUCUUAGGAAACAGAUGGUCUCUUAUAGCAGGGAGAAUCCCAGGUCGUACAGACAAUGAAAUAAAGAAUUACUGGAACACCAAUUUAGCUAAGAAGGCACAAGAGUUGCAAUUCACCUUGCCUAAACUAGAGAAGAAACAACCUUAUCUUGCAGGACCUUCAGCAACACAGCAACAAGAUGUUCAACUAGUUAACGUGGCAAUUGGACCAAUAUUAGAGACUGAAAAAUCAUCAUCGCUGCUGUGUGAAGGAGAGUUUCUCAAAGAUUUUAGUGUAGAAGAGUUAUGCCAGAUUCUUGAUUCAGAUUACUUGACAAAGCCAAGUGAUGUGAAUGUUAAUGAUGUCAGAGAAGAAGAAAUGGAUGGUGUUAAUAAGAGUGAAACAGCUGAGUUUCUGAUGAAAUUUGAGGAGAAUUGGGAUGGCAAUGCAUCUUGUGUUGAAAAUGAUUACAUGUCACGGCUGGUUUCCUUUCUUGAUUCUGAUGUGGAGUGGUCGGUGAUGGCAUCAAUCACUAACAUAUGUCCUGAAUAAUUAAUUUCAAUCUACUAAUAAUAUUUUAA